AUGGUUGCCGCGAAUGCAAGCAGCGACAUAUCCGCUGCGACGAACAGAAGCCUUAUUGGGCCGAACAUGCGGCUCAGAACUACGCUCUCAAACGCUGUGUCAGAUCCUAUGGGACUGGAUCUAUUCGAAGUUUUACCUAUCCCUAUGCCGUUUGAAUCGAUGAAACUGCUUCAUCAUGGUCGGUGCAUCUGGUAUACUUACGACAUCAGGAAAUGGGCUAAAGUUGUGGCCAAAAAUCCCAAUGCUAGCCUAGCUGGUCUUGUCACGCAUAAUGCAGCCACAUUCAGGUCCUUCUUACUCAUAGCCGGUAUACACCAUGUCUGGGCCGGUGGUUCGCUCCAAGCAAUCGAAGAGACGAUGCUUCAUCACAAGCUCGAGUCAAUCCGCAUUGUCAACGGCAUGAUUGGUGAUCCUGUACUGAGCCAAAGCGAUACAUGCAUAUCCGCAAUGGUCGGCCUGGCCAUGGUUGAGGCAGCGUUGGGCGAUACGAAAGCUGCAGAGGCUCAUUUAAAAGCUUUGGCCCGGCUAUACGAUGAUCACCAUCCGGAAGGGGACAGGCAUAGGCUGUUCGGGCUGAUUGAAAGACUUGUUCUGUUGGCAGCCAGCCUAGUUGCAGCAUCCAAGGACGGAAACGACGACGAGUCUCAUUAUUUUGUCAACGAGCCGCGCGAGAAUCCAGAGCGGGCGUAUCAUUUCACACGGCCAACACGGCCGGUGUUCAGCGCUGUUCCAUUCCUUAGUCUCCAUCUAUCGCCUUUUUACUACUCAACUCCGCCGGAUCUUGAAGCUUGUAACGCCGAUGCCGAAUGUGAGAUUAUUGCAACAACCUUGCGGCGAUUGUCUCGCUUUGAUCCGAAUCAGAGGGCUCAGCGUGGCGAGGAAGAAAAUACAACAUCGUCUAGUCAACAAAAGGCCCGAGACAUUCUUCGGGAAGACGCAGAAUCCUACACUGUCUCGUUACUUUUCAAGCCUGCCAGACCUACACGAGACGAUAGAAGCGAUCACAGCCAAAGUCAGACGCGAAACCCGAGACCCAGCUCGCAGCUUCAGGAAGAGGAUCUUGAGGAACUUGAGGAUGCCGACGACCAGUUUGUCAGCUUUUUAGAGCACCCCUUUGCAAAUCUCCCGUCUGCCAUCUUCCCAUCUACGUCGCGAGCUUGGGCAUGCGCUGCAUAUCUCUAUCUUCAUUUGAUUGUAGAUUGCCUCCCGCAGCAGCAGCAUCAUGCUCAAGAGCCAGUUCAUAUAGACAAAUAUCUGUGGCGCUGGCUUAUCAGCAGUUUGCGCCAAGAUCUCGAUCAUACAGAAGAAGCGAUGCGCAUCGGAGCACAUAGUUCAGAGUUGUGGCUAUGGAAAACCAUGCUUGGCGCUUAUGCAAUGGCCAAGAAUCCCCAAGAGACAUCUGAUGAAGCGAGCAGCGACGGUGAGGACGAGAGUGAUGACGAAAAUCCCCCCACGACCACUAUGGUGACUAGCCCAGGAGCACGAUCAAGUGGACGAUCAAGCCGAGCAUCUUCUUCAAGCGACAUUGCAGACAUGCAAUGGUUUACUUCAAAGAUAAGGCUAUGGAGCUCUGUGAUCCAUACAACGUCAUGGGAUGGCGCAAAAAAGGCGCUGAGCCGCAUCGCAUGGCCUGAAAAGUUUUACGACGAUGACCGUUUGGCCGGUUUGUGGGAUGAAGCUAUGGAAUCAGCAAACCCGGAGUGA